UACCUUCCUGGAUAGCAUUCCAUCAUCUCUCAAUUCAAUUUUUCCAGUUGGAAAGCCAGUCACAGCGGAAGUCUUGCUGGAAAUCAAGGAAGCUGAGCAGGCAGAGCAGAUCAAGAAGCUAGAUCCUCAUUUCAGCUUGUAGAGAGCGACUAAAGUCAUUAAAGCCAUAAGGAUCUAAAUAGGCAAUAGCUUUUCCUUGAAGGUUGCAGCGUAAAAAAGUGCCUUUAGAUUGCGCCGCAGACCUGAAAUAUGGCUCAUGGAAAAGCAGCGAAAGACAUGGAAGCUGGUCAUGUCUGUCGUUGGUAUUGAUUUCGGUAACCUUCAAUCUGUCAUAGCUGUCGCUAGAAACCGCGGUAUCGACGUUAUCUGCAACGAAGUUUCAAACCGUGCCACCCCCUCUUUGGUGUCUUUUGGCCCCAAGCAACGUUUCAUUGGCGAGUCUGCUAAGACCCAAGAGGUUUCCAACUUCAAGAACACUGUUUCCUCUUUGAAGCGUUUGGCUGGUCGUACUUUCCAAGACCAAGAGGUUCAAGAAGUUGAAAAGCAAUAUAUCAAUGCUGAACUUGUUGAUGUUCACGGCCAAGUUGGUGUUAAGGUCAACUACUUGGGCGAGCAACAAACUUUCUCCAACGUUCAAUUGAUCGCCAUGUACCUCACCAAGUUGAAGGAAACCACUGCUCACGAACUUAACGCUCCAGUCUCAGACUGUGUCAUUACCGUUCCCGGCUGGUUCACUGACAUUCAACGCCGUGCCAUUUUGGAUGCCUCUGUCAUCGCUGGUCUCAACUGCCUUCGUCUCGUCAACGAUCUUACUGCCACUGCUCUUGGCUAUGGUAUCACCAAGACCGACCUUCCUGAGGAUAAGCCCAAGAACGUCGUUUUCUGCGACAUUGGUCACUCUUCAUACUCUGUCUCAGUUGUUUCCUUCGUUAAGGGCCAACUUACCGUUCGCGGUACUGCCUACGACCGUCACUUCGGUGGUCGCAACUUCGAUCAAGUCAUUGUUGAGCGUCUUGCUGCUGAGUUCAAGGAAAAGUACAAGAUUGAUGUUUUCAGCAACAACAAGGCUCUUUUCCGUCUCCGCACUGCUGCUGAGAAGUGUAAGAAGGUUUUGUCCGCUAACCCUCAAUCACCUGUGAACAUUGAAUCCAUCAUGGAUGAUAAGGAUGUUGCUACUAUUGUCAACCGUACUGACUUCGAGGAGUGGGCUACUGAGACCUUGGUCCGCGUUGAGGAACCCCUCAAGGCUGCUCUUGAAGCUUCCGGCCUCACUCUUGAGGAUAUCGACUCUGUUGAGGUUGUUGGUGGAAGCACUCGUGUCCCCGCCAUUAAGAACGCUAUCUCCAAGUUCUUUGGUAAGGAAGUCUCCACUACUCUUAACCAGGAUGAAGCCGUUGCUCGUGGUGCCGCUCUUCAGUGCGCUAUGCUCUCUCCUGUCUUCAAGGUCCGUGAAUUCCGCGUUCACGAUGUCCUUCACUACCCCAUCAAGAUGACCUGGGCCGCUACUCCUGAAGAGGAAGAGACCGAGAUCGUUGUCUUUGACAAGAACAACUCUAUUCCCUCCACCAAGAUCCUUACUUUCCACCGCCGCGAACCUUUUGAUCUUGAAGCCUACUAUGCUUACCCUGAGGAACUCCCUGCUGGUGUUAACCCAUGGGUUGGUCGCUACACUAUCAAGAAUGUCGAACCCGUCAACGGUGAAGCUGCUCAAAUCAAGGUUAAGGCUCGUCUUAACAUCCACGGUGUUGUUUCCGUUGAUGCUGCCUACACCGUUGAGGAGAAGAUUGAGGAGGUUGAAGAGAAGCAAAGCUCUCCCAAGGAAGGUGAAGAAGCUAAGGCCCCUGUCACUAAGAAGGUCAAGAAGCUUGUCAAGAAGGCUGAUCUUCCUGUUGUCACCGGUACUACUUCUUUGAGCCGUCCCGUUCUUGAAGAAUUCCACGAGAAGGAAUCUGCUAUGUACGCUGCUGAUAAGCUUGUCCACGACACCGAGGAGAAGAAGAACGCUCUUGAGGAAUAUGUCUACGAGAUGCGCGGCAAGCUCGAAGGUGGCGCCUACAGCGAAUACAUCGAUCCUUCUAUCAAGGAGAAAUUCAUCUCUGAGCUCAACACCAUGGAGGACUGGUUGUAUGAUGAAGGUGAAGAUGCCACCAAGUCUGUCUACGUCGCCAAGCUUGAUGAGCUCAAGAAGACUGGUACCCCUGUUGCUGAGAGAUAUCGUGAGUCUGAAGAACGUCCCCGUGCCGCUCGCUACUUGACUCAAGCCAUUGAGCAGAUCACUCGCGAGGCUAUGACCUCUGAUGAUAAGUACUCUCAUAUCCCUGCUCAUGAGAAGCAAGAUGUUGUUGACCGUGCUGACCGCGCUCGCCGCUGGCUCGAUGAACAGCUUGCUAAGCAAGAAAAGGUUGCUAAGCACGAGACUCCCCUCGUCUACUCUCGCGACAUUGCCAAGGAGCAAGAAGCCCUCUAUGCUUUCGCCAACCCCAUCAUGAACAAGCCCAAGCCUGCCCCCAAGCCUACUGAGCCUUCCACUGAUGGUGACAAUGACACCCCUAUGGCCGAAACCGGCGAGGAAGAAAAGAAGUCUGAGAUGGACAUUGAUUAAAUUUUUCCUUCUUCCCUUCUAUGACAUUAUGAAGCAGUAAAGCAUCAUCAACAAAAAAGUAUAUCCACAAGAUCCUUUUAUUUUCUUCUUCUACUGUUUCUGUCGUUCUGAUGUCGUGUAAUUGUGUUCCCCUUUUCUUCUUUUUUUCUUUUCCUCAUUUUUAAUGCUUUUAAAACUCUAAAGGAAAAACUUUUUCUAUCAAUGUUAUUUUCUUUUCUCAAUCCACCAUAUACAGUUUCAGAAUAGAACAAAUCAAGACUUCAAUAAAAUGACUUGAUUGACCUGCAUUCCCCAGGCAUACUGCGGUUUGAAAAAAAAAAAAAAACCACAAGACUACUAUAUUCGCUUUAAUGAGUCUUUUUUUAAAAAAGGGGGAAAAGAAGCAAGAGGU